CGUCUCUGCCUGCUCUGGUAGAAUAUUCCCAAAAUGACAACAAGCCUUCCUCUUUUCAGGGGAAACAGCAUUUCCUUGGAAGAUGCCUUGGAAGAUGACGACAAUAUUCUCCAUCGGUUAGAUUAUCCGGAGAAAAAGAAGGAAUUCUGGUCGUAUCUUCUCUCUCAUAAGAAUGAUGUCGAAGAAUUAGUGUGCUUUCAUCUUUGUGCAAAACAUUGCCAGGUAGCUGAUGAAGCUCAUUGGUUAUUUGGGAGCUACAAUGUAUGCAUUCCUGUCUACGUCGACCCUCCAUCCGAGCAAGCGGUUCUUGUUCGAAUUCCCUUACCUUUCAAAAUCGGAGAGACAUUUAAUCCUGGAAAUAUGGAUGAAAAGCUGCGGUGCGAAGUAGCUACCUAUAUUUGGAUUCGUGAGAAUUGCCCGACUGUCCCUAUUCCGUCCCUAUACGGAUUCGCAUUCCCCAACGGGCUUACUUUUGCUGAAGUGUCUUCUGUAUCCUUCCUUUCUCGACUCCAGUGGCGUAUAAGACGGACCAUCAACUCGUUGCUUGGGUUCCCUACAGCAUGCCCCUAUAUCGGCCUCAGACGGCCGAAUCCAUUGAGAACCGGAUACAUGAUCAUAAGCCUCGUGAAGAAUGGCCAGAUGCUUUCCAAUUCUUGGGCCACAUAUCUUCUUGAGGAUAAUUCGCGCAGACAGACUCUUUUCCGUGACCUCGCGAACAUCAUAAUUACAUUGAAUCGUACACGGUUGCCGCAAAUCGGGUCUCUGACUUUAAGUGACAACGGGGUUAUUAGUGUAACGAACCGUCCCUUGACACUUCGACUCCAAACAUUUGAAAAUGAAGGUAUUCCUACGAUCCCGAGAACCUCAACUUACCAGGCUGUAGAGCCUUAUAUUCUAGAUCUUUUACAGUGCCAUGACAACCGCAUUUACUACCAGCCAAAUGCCAUCCAUAGCACGAAUGACGGCCAGGAGCAAUUUGCUGCUUUGACUAUGAUGCGCGGUCUUCUCCAUCAAUUUGUGUCCCGUCGAUAUCGCGAUGGGCCAUUUGUGCUUACACUUACUGAUCUUCACCCAAGCAACAUCUUCGUUGAUGAAGACUGGCAUAUAACGUCCCUUAUUGACCUAGAAUGGGCAUGUUCGUUCCCUAUUGAGCUACAAACGCCCCCGUACUGGUUAUCUGGUCGGCCUAUUGAUGACAUUGAACAUGGGGAGCAUCUACAAACUUUCGAUAAGAUUAUCAAUGAAUUCAUAGAUACCUUUGAAGAACAGGAAAAAAGGCUGCAAGGCCCCAAUGCUUUCCAGGCUCAGAUUAUGAGACAGUGCUGGGGUAGUGGAAGUUUCUGGUAUUUUCAAGCUGCACAUAGCCCAAAGGGCCUUCUUAGUGUCUUCAACGAGCAUAUCCAACGCAAAUUUUGUGAGGAACAUUGCACCCAACGUGUGUUUGAUCGAAUUGUCAGCCCAUACUGGUGUGUAGGAGCCGAGGACUUUAUUCGAAAGAAGGUGGAGGAAGAGAAAGAGUACAAGGAUCGGCUGAGAAAACGGUUUGAUAAUGUUGGCCAACAAUGAUGAUCCAUGCGUCUGAAAAUUUUCUCUUGCAUUCUACUAGUCCUUCUUCUUGCUCUGUCUUCUUUUUUGUGCCUCUUCCCCUGAAGAUAUCACCUGUCCAAUAUUUGGAUUGUUGGCAAUUUGCUGAGAUGGUAGCUCUAUGUCCUUCUUUCCUCUUGCUCUCCGAGCUUCUUCACCUGACGAUGUCGACAUGUUUAUAAGUUGAUUUUGCUCGAUCCUCUUCUGCUCUGCGGUACUUUUAUCGGUCAUAUUGAAAGGGAAUAAGAGGGCUAAUAGAAAAUGUAUCCAGAGAGCGACAGGUGCGAGGUUGGAAGUGGUGUUAUUCUAUAGGGAGGGUGACAUGUAAUAACAUAACCUGCCACAGUGCGGGGACUUCACAUGACAGGUAGUAACCCACAUAGAGACUUUUCUGGAUGCUAAUGCAUGGUGAUUAUGCAUCUGUUGAUUUGAUAGGUGAAGGGCGCCCAUUCUAUAACUAGAGAGGGGCCAAGACUUCUCGAAAUAAGCCAUCGAGGACUCGAGCUGGGCUUUAUCCUACUGCGGGUGGGCAAUGGAAGAGCUACUGUGCCUUCCCUUCUAUUGGAGCAAGAACUCUGAA